CACACCACACGCCACUCUAAUCGGAUUGUUUUGUUUUGUCGGCCGAUUUGAGCCGUAUAUUUCCGCGUAUAUAUCCUGCGAUUCCGGCUGAAGUACGCAAGAUGGCAUUCCUGUACCUGCUGGGAUGGGUCUCGCUGGCCAUACAGAUCGUGUUCCUCACCCUGUCGAUUGUGGCUGGUCUCUAUUAUCUGGCGGAGCUGGCCGAAGAGUACACGACGGCGGCGAGGAAGUGCAUCCUCUUUCUGAUCAGCUUCACGAUCUUCGUCUACAUCCUGCUGCUGCUGUUCGAGGACCUGCCGUGGAGCCUCAUCCUCUGCGGCCUGGUGGCGCAGGGCUUCCACCUGGGCAUCAUGAGUGGAUUUCCCUUCGUGCGCCCGCUCUCGCUGCCUCUGCUGGGCUCCCUGGCCAUGCUGGUGGUCAAUCACUUCCUGGCCUUCCAGCACUUCACCACCGUCUAUGUGCCUUUCACGCAGGUGCUGGCUUACUUCACCAUCUGCCUGUGGAUCGUGCCCUUCGCCCUGUUCGUCUCGCUGAGUGCGAAUGACAGUGUCCUGCCCACCACCGUCAGCGACCAGAGCCGGCGCAGUCCGGACGUGGUCAGCAACUACUUCUCGCGCAACAAGAAGCAGGGCCUGCUGUCGCUGUUCCAGUAUCUGAAAGAGGCCUUGCUCCCUGGGCGGACCAAGAAGGCCUUCUAGGUGUAGCUUGUUUAAUGUUUAUUUAUUUUUGUAGCCGCAAUCGAGACAAAAGUAUACAAAGCGCAUGUGAACUACGUUUACGCACUGACAUUCGCCAUCGACUUUAUUGUAGUGGAACUGCAACCAAUUGAGAUUUAGGGCUAAAAGUGGGGCUGAUUUCAGUGUAAUGGAUCUCCUUUUGUGGUCAUUGGGACGUAUUUCGAUGUUUUACGUGAGUGAAGAAGCUGAAUAAAAUUCGUUUCCUGAAACUUUCAA